AUGGCCUUCAUGCUCUUGCUCUUCUCCAACGCCAAGGCUCUCGAGGCUGCCAACGUUGAAGCCGUCAUUGUCUUCCGCACGCUGUCGCUCUUCGUCACUGCUUACGGAGACUUCCGACUGUUGAAGGCACGGGAGGAGGAGGGGGAGGAGGAGGAGGAGGAGGAGGAGGAGGAGGAGAAGAAGAAGAAGAAGUAUGUGAUGAGCGACAAGGGUCUCAAAGUUGAGAACAUCUUCUGGGUCUUCUUCUAUGGCUGCGCCAACGCUGCGUACCCGCUCGUCACGCAGGUAGCGAUCAGGAGGCACCAGCACAUGAACUCCUGGGACAGAACAUUCUACAACAACCUGAUGACGCUGUUCGUGUUCUUGCCCGGCAUCUUCCUGCUGGGAGAGCACGAGACCAUCCAUGUCCUCACUGCACGUGGCCAAUUGACCAGCUGGAGCAUACUGCUCCUCCUCCUCUCCUGCAUCUGGGGAACGGCCAUCUCGUUCCUGGGGUUCCUGUGUCUGGAGCACGUGACAGCAACGUCGUUCAACGUGAUGGGGAACGCCAACAAGCUUCUCACGCUCGUCCUCAACAGUCUGAUCUGGGACCAGCAUGCGAGCUUGCAGGCGAACAUUUUUCUUUUAACGUCUCUUGUCGGGUCCGCCAUGUAUGGAGAGGUCAGACGAAGGGAGUGCAACUCAAAGGCACAAUAA